UCCACAUAUGAAGACACCUGAAAAUACAAAUGGAGGAAGUUGUGAAUGAAUAAUGGCCGAUAAGACUGGUCCCAUGAUAGCUUCUGUUCCAAAUCACCCAGUGACCAAUCUCACCACUGCCCUAUGGGAGCCCAAUCCUACGGUUCCUGCCGCUGUGGGCGUCGUCACAAGCUCCCAGUCACAGAUCAAAGACCUUUUUGGGUUGUUCUGCAUGGUGACCCUUAACCUCAUUGCUUUGUUGGCCAACACUGGUGUGAUGGUGGCCAUUGCCCGUGCUCCUCACCUGAAGAGGUUUGCUUUUGUGUGUCACCUUUGUGCAGUGGACCUACUGUGUGCCAUCCUCCUCAUGCCUUUGGGUGUCAUAUCCAGCUCACCGUUCUUUGGCACUGUGGUGUUUACUGUUCUGGAGUGUCAGGUUUACAUCUUUCUCAAUGUUUUCCUCAUCUGUCUGUCUAUUCUAACCAUCACAGCCAUCAGUGUGGAGCGUUACUUCUAUAUUGUACACCCCAUGCGUUAUGAGGUCAAGAUGACCAUCAACCUUGCUAUUGGUGUCAUGGUCCUAAUUUGGGUAAAGUCAGUCCUGUUAGCUUUGGUCACGCUGUUUGGAUGGCCAGCUUAUGGACAUCAGAGCUCUAUAGCUGCAGCUCACUGCUCUCUCCACGCGAGCCACAGUCGUCUAAGAAGUGUGUUUGCUGUGCUCUUCAGUGUGGUCUGUUUCCUGGUUCCUGCGGUGGUUAUCUUUGCUGUUUACUGUGCCGUGUAUAAGGUCGCUCGUUCUGCAGCCCUGCAGCAGGUCCCUGCUGUGCCAACGUGGGCAAAUGCGAGCCCUGCUAAAGAUCGCUCGGACUCCAUCAACAGCCAGACCACCAUGAUCACCACCACCCGUACUCUGCCCCAGAGACUUUCUCCAGAGAGGGCCUUCAGUGGAGGCAAGGCUGCCCUUACUUUGGUGUUCAUUGUGGGUCAGUUCUUGGUUUGCUGGUUGCCCUUCUUCAUCUUUCACCUGCAAAUGUCGCUGACUGGCUCCAUGCAGAGCCCUGGGGACUUAGAGGAGGCAGUUACCUGGCUGGCCUACUCCUCCUUUGCAGUUAACCCGUUCUUCUAUGGCCUGUUGAACAGGCAAAUCAGAGAAGAGUUAGUAAAGUUUAGACGCUGCUGCUUAACCCAGCCGGCGGAGUUUGGGGCAUCCAGCCAUGAGGGUUCCCUCCAGGAGAACUUCCUCCAGUUCAUCCAGAGAACCAGUAGCACAGCUGAAACCUUAUCCGGAUGUGCUAACUCCCAUCCCAGAAACACUACGGACCAGGGGAUAAAGAUCCCUGGACAAAUACCCGAGGAGCAUGCUUAGACAUUGACCAACAUGAGUUUUGGAAUACAGUGCUAAUAUAUGGGCCGUGACAGUUUGUGAACCAUUUUUUUUAAGGGAUACACUCACAUUUUACUGUAUACCGUAAAACAAUACUGACUGUCCAUAUAUACACAGAAACAAUCAUUGGCUGCUGUAGUUAUUCCUUCUGUUCAGGCAACAAAGAAAAAUUAUUUAAAGAAAAUUCAAUGUCAGUGAUGGGGUACAAAUUCUACAGUCAUUGUUUAAUGCAAAAAUCCCCACUUGAUUUGGAUAACAUAGCCUUUUAUUAUCUUCAGCUGAAUUUAAGGAUUUUUUUUCUUUGCAAGAAAAAAUA